GCUGCCCAUGGGGAUGGCAGGCUGGCCGACACACUGGGUUACCUGGCCUCAGCAGGAUUGGAACACCUGGGACUCCCAUCACACGAGGUAGAAGAGGGCAUUCUUCUCAUUGUGAGCUGUGUGACCAAUGCAUUGACUCAAUGUGAUGAGAUUGAAAGGCACCGACGCUGCCUUCUGACGGCUCAGAUCUUGUCCUGUUUGCUGGACAAGCGCGCACAGAAGACGGUGCUCUCAGUGGCCGGAGUGACGUCAUUGUGUGGGACGCUGACGGAGUGGGCGAGGGGGGAGGUGGAGUUUCGCAGGUGCUCGGAACUGGCCAAUGAAGCUGCUUGGACGCUCGGAUUCGUGGUGCACAGUUGCGGGGACAGGGUGAACGGCGACACUGCGAGCCUUGUGACAUCAGUGCUGCUGACCUACUUGAGACAGUAUGGCUCCAUAUCGUCCGGAGAUGACGGCCAUUCCCACAAGACUCCUGGCAUCCCCAUGGUGUCGCCGCACCUGGCGUGCCAGGCGGCCUUCCACGCCCUUGGCCUCGUGUUUGCGAACGGUCCCCCAGGGACCAGGCAGAACGAGGCAGUACUUUCCGGUACAGUUGGUGUACUGCAGAGACACGUGCAGUGCCAAGGUGGUCCCCUGGAGGAUGGCGCUGCAUGCAGAAUGUACUGCGAGCUGCUGAGGCUGCUGGCUGCCCUGGUGGCAGAGGGCAAAGGCGCUCAUUUGCCACAGGUGCCGAUAAUGAUGGAGUGCCUGUCCAUCUUAUUCCAAUAUGGCGCAAGCCAGUCGAUGUAUUCUCGCCCUCCACAGCAGCUUGGUUCCCCCUCCCCUGCACCGCACUCCCAGCCCCGGUCCGGGUCCCCAGGGCCCAGGUACACGCCUCCGCACAUGCGGCGCGGCAGCCAAAGCAGCAGCACGUCCAGCGCCUCGGAGAGCGACGCCAGCGACGGAGACGGCAGCCCAGGGCGCUCAUCCGCGGACAGGUUCAAGUCCUCCCGUGUGCGCCUGGCCGCCUUGAGCCUGCUGCAGGUCUGCGCUCAGAGCGACGGCCGUAGCUUGCACCAGCACUGGAUGAGGCUGCUUCCCAGCAGGCAGCCGCUGCAGCGGUGGCCGCACACGCCCACGCUACUGACCGUGCUGCUGUACGACCCACAGCAAAAGGUGCGAGCAGCAAGCGCCCAAACGAUCGGCGUGCUACUUGAAGGCCGCCAGCAACGCUCCUUCUUGGCGGUCGCCAAGGUGGAUGACUCAUCCAGCACACAUCCCCUUGGCCGGAGCUUCACAUCCUUGUCAGUUUCUCUUGGCCGCAUGAUUCUGUCACUGCAUGAGGGUCUGCACUGCGCCCUGGGACAGGAGACCAGGACGAACGUCAUUUUGGCGGUCCUGCGCGCCCUAGCCUCACUGGUGUCGUCCGUGCACUACGACCGCCUUCCAGCAGAUCUGCCCAUCCAGGUUUCCAAGGUGGUGACCCGGUGCUGGCAUCGCCUGCAAUCGAUGGACGACCGCGAACGGGCAGCGGAGGCUGCCGCCCUGUCCGUGCUGCGCCUGAUGCUGUCAGCAGCCCUCCCAAAUGCGGCCUUGCGGCGCAACCUAUCCGGCGAACCUGACACCAUCGAGGUGUGCAGGCAGGACGGCAAAGCGGCUGCUGCUGCAGUCUGCUCAGACCACAGCCAUGGCGGGCGGGGCGACAAGGGCCUCGUCGAUGAACUCGUGGAAGUAGCUGGUGCUGGGCGGGCUGCCGUUUGCUCAGAAGCCCUUGCUGUGCUUGCCGUGGUGGCCAGCCACUACUUUGAACUCCUGCAAGGCAGGUGGCUGCAGGUGUCUCAGCUGCUUCGGACUGCGGUGGGAAAUCACAACAGAGCGGAGGCAUUCACUGCGGAUGGCAAAUCGGCCCAAAACGCCCUGAGGGUCGUGGGAGCGCUGCUGGCCUUUGGCGGGAAAGAGGAGGGAGGCGGCAGUGGCGACGCGGGCCUCAAGGAACAGGUGGAACAAGCUGCUGGGCGAAUCCAGUAUUGA